AUGGCGGCCCGGGCCGUGCUGGACGAGUUCACGGCGCCGGCCGAGAAGGCGGCGCUGCUGGAGAGGAGCCGCGGCCGCAUCGAGGGCCUGUUCGGCGUGAGCCUGGCCGUGCUCGGCGCGCUCGGAGCUGAGGAACCGCUGCCCGCGCGCAUCUGGCUGCAGCUCCGCGGGGCGCAGGAGGCGGUGCACAGCGCCAAGGAAUAUAUUAAAGGAAUCUGUGAACCUGAACUAGAAGAAAGAGAAUGUUACCCCAAGGCCAUGCACUGCAUUUUUGUUGGGGCACAGAGCCUAUUUCUGAAGAGCUUGAUUCAGGACACCUGUGCCGAUCUCUGCAUUCUCGACAUCGGUCUCCUUGGCAUCAGAGGAAGUGCCGAAGCUGUGGUCAUGGCUCGGAGUCACAUUCAGCAGUUUGUAAAGCUCUUUGAGAAUAAUGAGAACCUACCCAACAGCCAGAAAGAAUCAGAGGUAAAAAGGGAAUUUAAACAAUUUGUUGAAGCUCGUGCAGACAGUUACACAAUGGAUUUGUUAAUUUUACCCACUUCCUUGAAAAAAGAACUCUUGGCACUCACCCAAGGUGAGGAGAAUCUGUUUGAAACAGGAGAUGAUGAUGAUGUUGAAAUUAGAGAUUCUCCACAAGGGGAGUUUACACAGAAUGCUGCCACAGGGCUGACUAUUUCCAGAGAUGAAAUUGUUUUGCAGGAAGAUGCAAGAAAUAAAGCGGGGACUCCCGUUUCUGAGCUUACAAAACAAAUGGACACAGUCUUUUCUAGUUCACAAGAUGUACUUUUUGUUCCAAUGAAUGGUGUAACCCCAGAUGAAGAGGCACUUUCCAAAGACAGAGUUUGUCACAAGAGGAGGUUUUCUGAUUCUGAAGAAAGGCAUACCAAGAAACAGUUUUCUUUGGAAAAUGUUGAAGAGGGAGAGCUUCUACAUGAUGGUAAGACAUUAGCUGGAAGUGUAAUCACUGACGUCUCUGAUUCUUCCACUGAGGCCGAAAGUUUAAGUCCAGACGUAAAAGACACUACUGAGGAAAUGGAGUACAACAUUCUCGUGAACUUUUUUAAAACCAUGGGCUACUCCCAAGAAAUUGUUGAAAAGGUCAUUAGGGAGUAUGGGCCAUCUACUGAACCGUUAUUACUCUUGGAGGAAAUUGAAAAAGAAAAUAAGAGAUUCCAAGGAGACAGAGAAUUUUCACCUGGUACUGUGUAUCCAGAGACCAACAGAACCAAAAAUAAAGGUGUUUGUAGCAGCAUAAAUGAGCUUGCAGCAGAUUCCACUCCAAAGAAAACACAAACUCACACACAGCAAAAUAUGGUGGAAAAUUUUUCUCAGUUACCAUUCAGAGUUGAAUCAAAACCAUGUACCUCAAAUUGCAAAAUUGAUACUUUCAGAACAGUGCCAAUAGAACAGAAACAAGAAAUCUGGAGUUCAAAUCAGAACUACAUUUGUAACAUAGACCUUGAGACUGAUGGCCUUUUACCCUCUGUUGUCCCUUCAAGUCCCAAAGAAGUUGUCAGUUUUGUUUCAAGAGGAGCUUCAAGUCACCAGCCCAGAAUUCCGGUUUUUCCUGAAAACGGUUUGCAGCAGCAAGCGGAACCUUUGCUUCCAAAUAGUGUGAAGUCUGCCUCUGAAAACCGCUCGAGGUGUUGUAGCUCUCCUCAGUCUAAGCCCGGCUGUCCACCCCUUUCUCCACCGAUGCCACUCUCCCAGCUGUUACCUUCAGUUACUGAUGCUAGGUUGGCGGGACCUUCUGAGCAUAUUGAUUGCUCAGUUACGGGGGUUCAAAGAUUUCGAGAUACUCUGAAAGUGCCCUACAAGCUGGAAUUAAAAAAUGAACCAGGGAGGACGGAUUUGAAGCACAUUGUUAUAGAUGGAAGCAAUGUUGCGAUUACCCAUGGUCUGAAAAAGUUCUUUUCUUGUCGUGGAAUUGCAAUUGCGGUUGAAUAUUUUUGGAAGCUCGGCAACAGAAACAUCACUGUAUUUGUUCCACAGUGGAGAACAAGGCGUGAUCCUAAUGUCACAGAACAGCACUUCUUAACCCAGCUCCAGGAGCUUGGAAUAUUAUCUUUAACUCCUGCACGGAUGGUCUUUGGAGAAAGAAUUGCUUCUCAUGAUGACAGGUUUCUACUGCACUUAGCAGACAAAACUGGUGGCAUAAUUGUAACAAAUGAUAACUUCAGAGAAUUUGUUACUGAGUCAGUCUCCUGGAGAGAAAUAAUUACAAAAAGAUUGCUCCAGUAUACCUUUGUGGGGGACAUAUUUAUGGUUCCUGAUGACCCUCUGGGAAGAAGUGGACCUCGAUUAGAAGAAUUUCUUCGGAAGGAAGUCUUCCUUAGAGAUAUGCAGCCCCUACUCAACGCCCUGCCAAAUGUGGGCAUGUUUGACCCCAGCUUCAGAGUCCCUGGCGCCCAGGCAGCCAGCACCAGCCACCAGCCUCCGACCCGGAUUCAGGGCACCCCACCCAGCCACUGGCUUCCUCAGCAACCCCGCUUCCCACUUUUGCCCAACCUUCCCAACAUCCAGCAGAAUCUGCCCAUGCCAGCACAGAGAUCUCCUGCAGAAACCAACGAGCUGAGGGAAGCCCUUCUGAAGAUCUUCCCUGACUCGGAGCAGAAACUGAAGAUCGACCAGAUCUUGGCGGCUCAUCCAUACAUGAAAGACCUGAACGCGCUCUCCGCCAUGGUAUUGGACUGAAGGCUGUUGGGAGCUGGGGCUCUGGGCUGAAGACACAUACACGCAAGCUAGUAUCUGCAUGUGGCAGCAGGAAGUGACAUAAUGUGAAGAAACCAAUUUCCCAGUGGAAAUGCUGUUGUAGUGUAUAGGAGAAAAAAAACACAGAUGUUUUGUGUAUAAAAAAAUCUGGGUUUUCAAAACCAGCUUUUUUAUAUAUAUACAUUAUGCUGCUAUUACAGAUUUAACAUUUUCUGUAAAAGGAAAGUCUACAUUUUCUGCCUGUUCAGAACUGUUUAAUAGCAGUUACUCUUGAGUGCACUUACAUUUUUAUGUUUUUUAAACUAUUUUCCUUAAUGCUGAAAAUAUUGACAAAUGGAUAUGGUUAGCCUUUCUUAAAAAAAAAAAAAAAGUUGCUUUCUUAGGGAAAGCAAGAACUCUUAAAGUAUAUUUUCUUGAGAUGACUAUGUCACGCCCACUGACAUGAAGUGUGCUCACCCUCCUAGCCUCCUCUACCCUCACCCCUGGAAUUAGAGUCCGUAGGAGUUAAUUUUGCUCCUCUGGGGUCUUUCAUUGGAGCCAUUUGUGAGAGUGGACAAGUGGUGCCACUAGAUGGCACCUUGUGCCUAGCCAUUGUUAAUGACCAGGGCAGAGUUAGAUGCACGGAGUAUCCGGCUGGGAGAAACUUGAGAGCCCACGUAGUCCAGCCCCUCCUCCCUUCCCACCCUGCAGAAGAGGGAACUGAGGCUCCAAGUGCCCUCUGUCUGGACGCGCCCAAGUCCACAGCAGUGGACUGGAUCCCUCAUGCAUGGCUGGGACACUCACCACUCAGUCCCUGACUGACUCUAGAAGUCACAUCUUAGCUCUGAAGAUACUAGUGGGAUGUGAGGAAGUUUAGUGAAGAGCGUCAUUAUUACAGUAGUUUGGUGUCCACAACCUUGGGAGACGCCCCAUGUGAAGUUUGUGCAGCUUUGCCAAAAAACUGGUUUUCUAUUCUCAAGAAUGACCCAAGCCAAUAAAUAGCAUUAGUAGCUUCUGUGCGGGCCCAGAGCCCCAUAUUUAUUUUUCCUGUAUUAAUCUCUUUAGUGUUCUCCUAAGCUGCCCUUCCUAUGGGUCUUUCUCAGAGUUGAUAUCUUAGUAUUGUGUUUUCAGUGUUGCCUAAAUUCUGUGUCAGUGAAAAUUCUUUUUCUCGAUAAUUAACUGUUAACAUCAUUCUUGUUCUCUGGACCUUCAAAGGGCUUUGUAUUUUAUACUUGUGCUUUCCCCAGGCUGCUCACGAUCAGUUUCACAUCUGCCUUGUAGAUCACAUCUCUUGUGGCCCCCAGAAAUAAUUCCAGAGGACUCAGUGCAGAUUUGUUCUUCAUGGUGAAGGGACUUAGUUGGCCUUGAGCAGACCUGGCUGGCUCCCCACAGUGCUCCCUCCAGGCAUGUAUGAUCCUGCAUCCCUCUGGGGGUGAGUCCAGAGUCCUCGGGUGGCCAAAUUCGGACUUCAGUCAUGUUUUCUCUUGGAUGCCUUUAAGAUGCAUUCUGGUGUGGAGCUGGUUGUCAGCUGGGGGUAGGAUACCCAAGUCAUCCAGCUGUGCACGUGGAGGCCAGAAGGCAACUUCAGUCACAGCCCCUGUGCCUCAGCUUCACAAAUGAUGGUUUUUAAAAACAACAGCAGAGGUAUGAGGGCUGGGUCCCUCUCACAGUGACUUUACCUUCCAGGUCAAGUGGCCUUGCCAAUCCAGCACUGCUCCUGUUCAGAGAAGGACCCGAGGGGCACGCCUUGACUGCCAGGACUUAGCCACUGGUCUUCCUGGAAGCGGGGCUGAGGCUCCACUGAUGCUAGGUAGAGCUGGCUAGGCCUAGAGGUCAGGAGUUUUCUAGGCUCUAGAAGUGACCUGACCUUUGAAUUACAUAAGCCUCUGUGAUCUUAGUAUUGUCUCUGAGAGCUCCACCAGCCCCUUUCCUCUUUCUUGGGUGCAGGAAGGAAGAGUGCAGAAGGUAAGUGGGAGGAAUUGCAGAAAAGCAUUACUUACUUACCUUGGUAAAUUAUAACAUGAAACAGAAUCCGCAGUUCUUUCUGAAAUCUUGUCAAGUGUAGUUAAAUUUAAUAUUUUAAAGCUCAAUUCUCAAACCAUUCUUUUAAGAAGUCAUUACCUGUUCUCAGACUCCUCUUAAUACCAGGCUCAGUGUUGACACUCCCGGUCUGCCUCCCCUGGUAGGUGUUCGGAGCCACCUUGGGGAGUGUCUGCAGCAGUGUUGUAACUCCUCCAGGCGACUCAGCACCCUGUAUCCCAUGGCAUUCCUGCGAAGCAGGUGGCAGGGCAGAGGGCACCACCCUCGUUCGGUAGACUCAGAGAAGUUGUCCAGAGUUAAAGAAUAAGUAGGCAGUGAUGCUGAAUGAUCUCUGGGCCUACAUUCUUCCCCAGGCCCCAGACUGCCACCCAGGAGAAGAAAGACUGGUUUGGUCUUUCUGUCAAGUAGUCAGUGUUUGAGACCCUAUAGUCCAGUGGCUAGAAAAACAGUAAGAAGGCUCAGCCGUCCUGGAUGAAGGGUCAGCGUUGUUCUGGCAGGCUUAGCAGGGCGUGACUGCCACCAGGGACUCCAUUGACCUGUUGUAGCUUUUGGUGUCAGUGAGAGGAGGGAUAAUCUUCCUUUAUCGCUUAGGCUUAUUGUGGCAUUUGUGGAAUAUGAUCCGCAAAUAGAAUCCGUGAUGCUCUGAACCUCCACCCCCACUGAGUCUCAUGCCCUUCCCCCCACCAUGGGAAAUGGCACUGGGCCCGCUGGAGUUGGGCCUUGGCACCACUCCCACCUCAGGCCCAGCCUGCCUCCCAUACAUCCCUGAGACGUGGCCUUCCUUAAGGAAUUUCCCCCCACCUCUACCUCCUCAGCACCCUUCUACGUCCCCACCUGUCCUCUUCAUCCUGGGUCCCUCAGCCCAUCUCCUCUCAUCUCCCAGCUGUAGCUUGUUUGGUUAGUUACUCUAACUCACUCCAUUUCUUAUCUACCUCUCUCAUUUUUCCCUACAUACUUCAGAUCCUGAGAGUAAAACAGCCUGAUUUCCCUAAGGAUCUCUGUUCAUUGCUACCUUCCUUCCCCCUCCCACUUUUCACUUCUGUGUCUGCAAACUUGGCCUCCACCCCAUCACGUGGGAUUAAUUGAGGGAAGUCAUUGGAGACCAGUCAGUUUCCAAAUUCGGAAACCUUUUCCCAAUCCUGAAUCUCCAUGUCCACAUUCAGUAACUGUAGCUUGACAUUGUUGACCCUUCAGUUCAGUUCAGUCGCUCAGUCAUGUCCGACUCUUUGCAACCCCAUGAAUUGCAGCACGCCAGGCCUCCCUGUCCAUCACCAACUCCCGGAGUUCAUUCAAACUCAUGUCCGUCGAGUCGGUGCUGCCUUCCAGCCAUGUCAUCCUCUGUCAUCCCCUUCUCCUGCCCCCAAUCCCUCCCAGCAUCAGAGUCUUUUCCAAUGAGUCAACUCUUUGCAUGAGGUGGCCAAAGUAUUGGAGUUUCAACUUCAACAUCAGUCCCUCCAGUGAACACACAGGACUGAUCUCCUUUAGGAUGGACUGGUUGGACCUCCUUGCAGUCCAAGGGACUCUCAAGAGUCUUCUCCAACACCACAGUUCAAAAGCAUCAAUUUUUCAGCGCUCAGCUUUCUUCACAGUCCAACUCUCACAUCCAUACAUGACCACUGGAAAAACCAUAGCCUUGACUAGACUGACCUUUGUUGGCAAAGUAAUGUCUCUGCUUUUUAAUAUGCUAUCUAGGUUGGUCAUAAGUUUCCUUCCAAGGAGUAGUUCAGUUCAGUCGCUCGGUCGUGUCCGACUCUUUGCGACUGUUGACCCUUACUUUCCCUAUUUUCUGAGAUUUCCCUCACUCCUAAACAGUCUUCAUUCCUUUUCCUUCUUGUACCUAAAGGCCAGUGCAGCAGAAAGACCAGCUCAACAGGUGGUUUCCAAACUUCAGACCAGCUGUGGGACGCAUGAUAGGGAGGGCAGUUCUUAAUAAAAAUGCAAUGACUGGGCACUACCCCCCGAGAGGUUUAUUCAGUAACUCUGGCGUAAAGCGUGGAAAUCUGCCAUUUCAGCAAAUUCCCUGGAUGGUUCCCACAUAGGUGGUCCAUGGCCCACAUUUUGAGAAUCGCUCACCCUUAGAGAUCAGCAUACUUCCUUGACUCAAACCAUCCCCUCUUUGCUGAAGUGACUCCCAGCUCCAGCCCUGCCCCUUAUGAGUGCAUAUUUAGCUCUACUUAGAAGCCCUGAGACAUCCCCAGACCCACUGCCCCCAGGCCCUCUGCCUGCAUCUGUUCUCUUGUCUUUUCCCACCCACCCUGCCACAAGGUCCCCUCAUCCACCAUUGUCCCUUUUUGGCCAUUGCCCCCCGCCCCGCAUCUUGUGCUCGUGGCCUCCCUGUGGGCAUCAGGCUCUGACCUGUCAGCCCACCUCACAGCUCUCCCCCUCUACCCCCCUGAGACUGCACAGCUGCUAGAUUUAUCUUCUGAAGAUACGCUUCUGCACACCCCUCUUCUUGGUCAGUGACCAGUGGCUCUCUUGACCAGAGUAUCAAGUUUAGACCCUCCUGAGCUUAGUAUCCUUGGCAGUCUACCUCCCAGUCGUACAUGAUGGCCCACUCACUGCAGCCGCACAAUUUCCUCCGUCACCUGUGGGCUCCCACUCCGAGUGAAUCUCUUCUCUGCUAAAAUGCCCUUUCUCCCAGAUGGCUUCCCCCUCAAAGGCCCGGCCCUGUGCCCUCUCUGCCCUUGCCUAAAGCUGCUGGCCAGAAGCAGCCUCCUGGUGUUCCGUGACCCCGCAGCACUGUGUCUUGCUCCCGGCACUGGCCACUCUGGUUGGUGUCACUGCGGCUGAUCGUGUACUCUGUCUUACCUCUCUUUCUAGACUGUGAGCUCCUCGUGGGCAGGGCUUUCUGUGUUCACUCUCUGUAUUUCCCUCAGCACCUAGCACAGUGCCUUGCACUUAAUAGGUGCUCAAUAAAGUCUGCUCAAUUGACCUGGAGGAUGGUGCCUUGACAGCGGCAUCUAGCAGCCAGCAAGGCCUUCAAGUAUCAGAUUCUCGGCAGUUGCUCCCUGGAACCCACUACUCCAUUUUUCCUUCUUGUCAAGUCUCUACCACCACCAGGUCCAGGAAUGGGCACCUGCCCCCGGCUGAGCCAAGCAGUGUGCUCUGACCUGCUGCCCACAAGGUGGCCCAUCUAGGCCAAAGUAUGCCUUGUGAUUGCCCCCUCUGGUGGUGGGGGCUAAGACAUGUCAUGCGCAGAUCUCAUGGAGGCCGUUUUCUGCCCUGGGUGGGAGGCGGGGUGGAGAGAAGCAGAAGCGUGACAGUGUGAUUCCUGUUGUCAUGGAAACCUGAUGGCACUCACAUUCUUCCCCAGAUGCCUGUUACCCUGACACGCUUCACUUUUCCUUUAUGUUGGGUUUACAUCCCUUGGAAUCAAAGACUCUUUAAGUGAAAUACAUAUCACUGUCCAUACACGUGGCAGAUUAAAUAAGGGAGGCUCAUCACAUCUUUAGGCAGAUCCCAAAGACCAGCGCUCCCCAGGUGGCUCGGUGGUAAAGAAUCCGCUUACCAAGCAGGAGACCCGGGUUUGAUCGUGUGUUGGGAGGAUACCCUGGAGGAGGAAAUGGCCACCCACUCCAAUAUUCUUGCCUGGAAAAUACCGUGGACAUAGGAACCUGGCAGGCAACCGUCAUGGGGGUCACAAAGAGUCAGGCACAGCUGAGCGACUGACAGCACACACCCCAAGGCCACGCGUCAGUGCUGCAGGAGAGCCCCCCAGUCAGCUCUCAAGGAGCCUCAGGAGACUCCACCCCAAGACCAUGCGUCAGUGCUGCAGGAGAGCCCCCCAGUCAGCUCUCAGGGAGCCUCAGGAGACUCCACCCCAAGACCUUGCGUCAGUGCUGCAGGAGAGCCCCCCAGUCAGCUCUCAAGGAGCCUCAGGAGACUCCACCCCAAGACCAUGCGUCAGUGCUGCAGGAGAGCCCCCCAGUCAGCUCUCAAGGAGCCUCAGGAGACUCCACCCCCACCCUCACACAGGCUGGUUCCUCCAUGGCAUCUUCAUCCUCUUGCGGUUGUGUCUCACAGACGCCUUCAUGUGGAUUUUCUUGCUCUGUCCCCUAGCUGGACAGAGGCCAGGCCGGCUGCUUGGGAGUUAGACCUUCCACGUUCUGCCAUGUCGUCACUGGUUAGACAGCCGUGAUGGGGCCAGCCCUCCUAGGAUGGGGCCAACCCUCCUAGUCUGGGGCUGCCACGAGGAAGAAACAGGCCUAGAGCAGCGCCUGACAGAACCCCCUCAGUGAUGGUCACGACCGGCUCUGCCCCGCAGCCCAGCGGACACUUAACGAGACUGUUCACACCCUGUAGGCCAUCUCAGAGGCGGAGACCUUGUCUUCCGGAUGCUGAAUGUUCUCUGUUCCUGCCAACUCAGCCUGAGUGUGGUCUAGACCCUCCUCAGGGCCGCAGCGGUCCUGCUGUCUGCUGGGCAGGACGUCAGUCCUCUGACACGCUCAGUGCCCUUGAGUGCCUGGCGGGCUCAUGGCAGGGAGGGACCCAGGGGGGAUGCCGGCAAAGCCACUGCUUGGCCGCAGAGUGAGGGAGCGCUGAUCCCCUGGCUGACACAGCCCCCCCCAGGCUGCGUCUUGACUCAUGUGCCCCUCCCACCGCUCCUUGAAGUCUCCAUCUUGGAGGCGUGUGUGUGUGUGUGUGUGUGUGUCUGUGUGUGUGUGUCUGUGUGUCUGUGUGUCUGUGUCUGUCUGUGUCUGUCUGUGUCUGUGUCUGUGUCUGUGUGUGUGUGUGUGUGUCUCCAGGAUGCAGGACUUGAAUUCCUACAGGCCAUUUCACCUCCCCAAGAGGCAGACUCUACCAAGGUGACUUGGCAGCCAGAAUGGCACCCGAGAUGGACUGCCUCCCUCCAUCCAGUGACCAGAAUGGAGGGCUUGUGACCUGGGUCAAGGUGGUCAGCCCGCUGGCCAGAGGGAAGCUGUGGAAGGAAGCUGCCUCCCCCGUUCCUGAGGAGUGGGGCCCACGUCCAGCCCGGUUCCUGUGGGAGGUGCAGGGAGCACAUUGUUGUUUCUUGUUUGUUUGUUUUAACUUGACCAGCACUGUAGAAGCGCCGUCGGGAGUACACUUCUGUGUGCGUCAUGCCCUCCUUUCUACUCCUUUACGGGGACACAGAGCAGUCAAACGGCCUUUGAUGGCUUUUGAAACUGAAAGCAGCCUUUUUGCAGCUCGGGUUCCAGUCUCCUGUCAUAUGUGGUUCCAGGGCUGGUGACAGCCAUCAGGGAAACGGAGCCUGGGCAGGCAGGGGUUUGCCCAGAAACUGGUCAUCAGCGCCCAGAGUAAGCCCUGGAGCUGCAGCGCCUGCGCCUCGGGGCUUCUGGAAUCAACCCCCUGUCACCUCCUCCCAUAAGACUCCGCGCCGCAGACAGUGGCCUUUGGGGCUUUCCUUCCCACUCCCUCCACAGGUCCCCAGGGAGCCCAACUUGGCCUCACAGCCUGAAACCCAGUCUGGGGUCAAGCCUGGGCAGGCCCUGCCCUCUCCCCUCGCGGCUCUCAGAGAGAGGAGGAGGGGGCCUCCCCUGAAAAGAAUGCGCUUGUCUGCCCGCCUGUCUGGCUCUGAGAUCAGUCUAGGGUUUCAGCCACCAAAACAGGCCGCAGGAAGGAGAGGGCCUCCUGCAGCUGGCCGGGAGAAGCUGUGGACACUGGCUCACAACCUCCCAGACCGGAGGGUCCCUCGACAACGACAGCAGGUCCCACCCCCGUCUUGCAGCCCCUUCCCACUGAGGUGUCAGGGCCCUGGCACUUACUCCCACUUCAAAGCUAAGGAACUUGAGGCCCAGUGGCAAGUGGUGGGGGGAGGGCUGGAGGCCCAGCACCAAAUCCUCUGUGCUCUACUUGCCAGCCCCUCUACCCCGUCCCCCAGCUGUCCUGAGCAGCCGCUGCAUGCCUUGGACGGUGCUGGGGUAGGCGAGAAGGCCAGAAGGGCCCUUUCCAAAGCACCCCGUGCUCCCCCAGCCCUAGCAGUGAAGGUGUGUGGGCCCUGCUCUGGCCCUUCUUGCUGUGUAAUCAGAGGAAGUUACCCUCUCAGAUGAGGCCAGUCCCCUCAUCUCUGAAUAAAAGUGAGGGCGCCACCCUCACAAUGGGUGGUUUUCAAUCCUGAUGUGCGUCAGAGCCACCUGGAGGAAGGGCUGUAAAUACACUGGCGCCCAGGCCUCACCCCGGACUGGGGAGAUCAGUGAAUGGAAGCCCAGGGAUCCCAGCGAGCCCCUGACAGAACCAACAUCCCGUGAAGAGUUGGUCCCACUGGGAUAAAAUCCCAAGACAAGGCCCUGGCCCCUGACAGUCCUUCCCUCUUCCAUCCCACAUGCGGCCUUGUCCUCAGUGUCUCAUCCAACUUCGGGUAUUUUACAAAUCCUUGGCCCCGCAGAGGCAAGACUCAGAGCAGGAGGAGAGCAGAGGGAGCAGGGGCAUGGGGCCCUCUCUCCUGUGACCAGUGGCUGCAGCUGGCUUGGUUAUUUCUGCCACCACCAGCCCAGCUGUGUGUCCUUGAUUCCCGGCUCUACCUAAACCUGGGGACGGUUUUGAACAAAGACAGAGUGGAGCUCCUGGUGACCUCCUGGGACAUCGGCCUCUUUUCUACCAAGCAAGGGCCUUCCUGCCAGCCAUUACCCACCCUGUAGACCCCUGUCACUGCUCCACACGUGCUGACAAGGCCUGGGAGCCCAGCGGGGUCAGUGUGUGCCUUGAAGACAGGAGGAGUCUGCCACAUGAAGACCUCCUAUUUCAACAGGCAGAGGCCAGCGGGCUUGGGCUCCAGCAGCCCCCAGCCGUUAGGUAAGGCAAGCCCUUGUCCAGAUCUCAUCUGCUGCCCCGCUGGGAGAGGCAGUGUCUUCCUUCAGAGUGUUUCUAGUUGUCUGACACUUCCAGCUUCCUUGGCCCAGGGCCUGAACAUGAGCAUUGAGCAUCAGCCUGAGCAUCACCAGCAGAUGGAAGUUGUGCUGUGUGGGGACAGUGGAAGGUGACCAGCUGAUGGCACAAGCCAGCUGGUGGGAAGAGGCCCUCGUCCGCCACAGCGCAGGUGGCGUCAGAGGGCUUCCUGCCUCAGAAGUCUCAGCAUCCAGCUCGAAGCCAUCUGCUGCUGCCACCUGAGAAUUACUGUCAGAAUUACUGUCCCGGCUUCACCCAGCUUUGGGGCCCCCAUAUCCGCCAUCACUGUCAAGGUGACUUCCAGGAAAGUCUGAGGCCGGGGGUUGAGAGCCCUCCCAACAGGAAGUGACUUGACGACAUGAACCUCGACCCUCUGCCUUCCCCACGGCCCCAUCCAGACUGAACGCAGACCCCAUUCGUCUGGUCUUUCAAGGUGUCCUUCACAGUCCUACCCACAGCUGUUCACCAUCUUCCUGCUUGGGUGGGUCUCUACAGCUGCCCAGUGGGGCAGGCAAGAAUGAUUCCCCUAUCCUACAGAUGUGAAAACGGAGGCAGGGCUGUUCUGAGACGAGACCUAAAGGGCCAAGACUUGAACCCUUGUGUCCAUACGCCUGUGAGUAACUGUCCAGUGAAUGACUCCAGAAGCCACAGCGGGGUAUCCAU